UGCGUGCGUGCGUGCGUGCCGUGCGCUCGCUGGGCACCGCGGCCUCGCCCUCGCCCUCCGCCCCUGCGCCUGCACCGCGUAGGCCGCCCCCCGGCGCGCACCCCUUAGGCGACCCCCGCCCGCGCCCCGGCUGGCCCCCCCCAUUCCAAAUUUAAAGGGCGCGCAGCAUUCACGCCUUCCGGCCCAGGUGACCUCUCAGGGGUCUCCCCGCCCGAGGUGUUCCGCCGCCGAGGAACAUGGCGAAGGUGGAGCAGGUCCUGAGCCUCGAGCCGCAACACGAGCUCAAAUUCCGAGGUCCCUUCACCGACGUUGUCACCACCAACCUAAAGCUUGGCAACCCGACAGACCGAAAUGUGUGUUUUAAAGUGAAGACCACGGCACCACGUAGGUACUGCGUGAGGCCCAACAGUGGGAUCAUUGAUGCAGGGGCCUCUAUUAAUGUAUCUGUGAUGUUACAGCCUUUCGAUUAUGAUCCCAAUGAGAAAAGUAAACACAAGUUUAUGGUUCAGUCUAUGUUUGCUCCAACUGACACUUCUGAUAUGGAAGCAGUAUGGAAGGAGGCAAAACCGGAAGACCUUAUGGAUUCAAAACUUAGAUGUGUGUUUGAAUUGCCAGCAGAAAAUGAUAAACCACAUGAUGUAGAAAUAAAUAAAAUUAUAUCCACAACUGCAUCAAAGACAGAAACACCAACAGUGUCUAAAGCUCUGAGUUCUUCUUUGGAUGACACUGAAGUUAAGAAGGUGAUGGAAGAAUGUAAGCGGCUGCAGAGUGAAGUUCAGAGGCUGCGGGAAGAGAACAAGCAGUUCAAGGAAGAAGAUGGACUUCGGAUGAGGAAGGCAGCGCAGAGCAACAGCCCCGUUCCCGUGUUAGCUGCGGCUGGGAAGGAGGAGGGCCUCAGCACCCGGCUACUCGCGCUGGUGGUUUUGUUCUUUAUCGUCGGUGUAAUCAUAGGGAAGAUCGCCUUGUAGAGGCAGCAGGCAAAGGAUGGUAAAUUGGAUUGAUGGCUCCGCCAUGUCAUGGGAUUUAAGUGUAUCAUAACCGCGUGUAAAAAGAAGUUAAUGUAUGAUGACAUCUCACAGGUCUUGCCUUUAAAUUACCCCUCCCUGCGCGUGUGUGCUGCCGCACGCGUGCACACACACACAUAGAACAUAAAAUAACAAUCUUUUAGAAAGUUUAACACGUAUAGUAAAUGAUCAGGGGAAAAGAAUGAUCCUUAUUAAUGACAAGGGAAACCAUGAUUAAACGAGACUGGCAUGUUGUACAUGUCAUUUUAAACACUUGUAGCCUUGGUCCAUGUUGCUAAUCACCUCUCUUCCAACACGACACUCUUCCUUGCCUGUUGGUGCUGGCCCUCGGGGAGCUGGAGCCCAGCGCGGUGGAGAGUGCAUCCCCCGCAAGGCGUCCUCCCCGCACUGCUCGCUCCCUCCGGGCUGCUCCUCCAUGUCUGCCCCGGCCAUCAGUUCCCUGGGACUGAUGGAGAGAGUCUGAGGCCGAGAAGAACGGCGCUGUGGCAGCAUCGGCUAUGCUGGGAGGUGUAUGUUGCCCGAGUGACCCAAUACUCUGGAAAUAGAAGUCAGUGAAGGCUUUGUUCUCUUAAAGGGACCAAGCUAGAUAACCAUUGGUUCAUGUCAUGAGAUUGAAUUGUUAUUCAGAGAUGUUUAAUGCAUAUUUAACUUAUUUAAUGUAUUUCAUCUCAUGUUUUCUUGUCACAAGAUUAUAAUUAACUCUGUGGCCUAAAAUCACCUGUGCUACCUAACUCUGCUGGGUGAAGCUGGCAUUGCUGCUGGAGGUUCUGGGCUGUACACACAGAUGGAGGUGCGGCUCAUUGGAACGCUGGAAAACGGCUGCCGGGAAGUGGUUUUCUGUGCAAAUAAGUAACGACUCUCGUAGGGAGGGGAGUGCUUAGUAGUGGCAGUCAGCUCUAGGUCACGCUCUCUGUGGGGAAGGGCAGCCGAUCUCUGUACUGUUCUUUCUUUCUCCACUCCUCAGCCACCACUCACGCUUCAGCACACGUGCCCCAGUGUGGCCCUGACCUUCCCCGUGUGGCCCUAGCUGGGGAUCAGGCCAUGUGAGUCAGGCAGCAGAGGGGUGAGCAGAGAGGAAACCGGCUCGGUGGGGUUGGGAGGGGGUGGGAGAGAAACGUCAGAUAAUCCGUCAAGUAGUGAUCGAGAGUUUGUGAAUUAAUUUUAUGCCAUAAAAGACCAAUCCAAUUCUGUUCGACUAUGUAGCAUCUUUAAAAGAAAAAAAAAUUAAAAUAAAGCCCCCAAAUUAAGAGUU